AAGUCGUUUAAUUAUUGGUUAAGACAGUUCACAUUUUAAUAAAGGAGUCCGUAAAGCGGGUUAAUAUUCGCUUCCUAUCAGAAAGAUAGCUUCCACGGAACAUGCGCAGAACGGGGUAGGUCCUGUGCCCGUCUUUCUUUCUUCAGUCUACACUUGACCCUGUGGUCAAUGAUGUGAGCUAGUCAUGUCGUUAUUCCUGGCAAGUCGAAGUCCGUACAGCCACCUGGAAGACGAGGACGACGUUGUACGUCAGGUGGUUAACAACAGAAGAGUCAAAUGGCACCAACGUCUGCGAUUAGCCACGGGGAUAUUCGCUGCCAUCCUGGCAGGAACCGUCGUUCUUGUUGUUGGUAUCAUCUCAUUGCCGACACUGUUACAGAGGUUUUCCUCCGGAAAAUCGAAAUCCGACCGUAUAGAAAUCGUCUUUGCCACAACUAACUGUGGCCUGUUAGUUGGAGAAGUGGAAGAAGGCUCUUACGUCUUUAAGGGUAUUCCGUAUGCCAAAUCUCCGGUUGGUAAUUUAAGAUGGAGAAAACCGAUUCCUCUUUGGUCAGACAGCCAGUGGUGCAGACCGAAUCGUAAAUUAAAUUGUAAAAAUUUCGGUCCACCUUGUUUUCAACUUAAUCCUUACACACGCCAGUACGAGGGGAGCGAAAACUGUUUGUAUCUCAACGUGUGGACACCCACUCUACAGAAAAAUGUGGGUUUGAACGUCAUGAUAUGGAUCCACGGUGGCUUCUUGCAGUUCGGUAGUGGCCAUCAAGCAGGCUUGAGCCCGAGUGGGAGGUUGGCUAAACAGUUAAAUACAGUGUUUAUCUCUUUUAACUACCGUCUACACGCUCUGGGAUUUUUGGCACUGGACCUUUUGGAACCGGACGAAGUCACUUAUGGUAAUUAUGGCUUCUGGGAUCAAGUGGAGGUAUUACGUUGGGUGUCGUCCAACGUUCACUUCUUCGGUGGAGACUCUAAUAAGGUGACCGUUUUCGGUGCUGACGUGGGCGCAGCCAGCAUCUUGACCUUUAUGACCUCGAGCUUGACACGUAACCUAUUCAAUUCGGCUUGGUUAAUUGGACCUUCCAUGAUAUUCAAUCGAACUUUAGAGGACGUAUCGAGGAGAGAACAUGCAAUAUUCCUAAAGAGGACGGGUUGCGGGUACAACGCUGAUUGCCUGAGGAAAUUAACAGCCAAAGAGGUCAUUAACACCUAUUUAGGGAAAGAUGACCCGUCGUUUCGAGUACGAGAUCAGAACGAUCUACCCAUUCAGGGAAUUUACCCCGAACAAUUCUGUGUUAUUGAUGGGAGAUUAAUAACAGGAACCACAGAAGAGAUAUUUCAGUUAGGACAGGUGACCGAUGUGGCUCUGUUGAUAGGUACGGGAGCUCAAGCUGUUGAUGUCUGGCCCGGUCCCGAUGAUAUACGUCGUUGGAGUUGGAGCCAAUACAAGAAAUACGUCACUACCAGUUUGGAUAGUUUUAAACCCAAAGUUAGCGAAUUGGCUUUACGUAUCUACAAUGCUUCUUUGCCUGUUGAAAUUCCCGUCACGCCCGAGUAUGUUUACACAACUAUGGUGUCAGACGUGAGGCAAACAUGCCCAGUCAAUGAACUAAGUGAAUUGUUGGCAGGUUGCCUGACUUCACCAGUUUAUCGUUACGUUAUCUCUUCCAAACCAUCCAAACCGGCGAGAAUAUACGAUUACAAUGCAAUUUAUAGUUUCCACUUAUGGGACAUUGUGUCGUUCUUCGACAAACAGGAAUUCUUCGUGGGUACCACCUCUAGAGAAGACGUGGCAUUCCGCGAUUCGUUGCAGCAGGUGGUCUUGAAUUUUGUUAGAUCUUCCGGCACCUCCACGGGAAUUUCUGGGUGGUCCAAAUUUCCUAAAAGUGUGGCCGUCAUCUCCGAUAACAUCACAAUACAACUGAAUUAUUCCAAGAUGAAAUGCAAGUUCUGGAAGAAUCAUGGAUUCCACGUCUACACGUGGGUUAGUUAGAAGAAUGGAAGAAGAGCAGAAGGGGAAGAGAGAGAGUGGGGAUUAUUAUGUAAUUUAUGGUGAAUUUUUGGAGUCUGUCCACAUUUUAAAUCAAAGAUUUAUGUAAAUCUGAAAGCAGAAAAAAAACCUGAAAUCUGGAACGAACAUUGGCAUGGUUUGAUAGCUUUUAAUUUUUUACUCUUGCAUACAAAUUCCAUCCAUUUCUUUCAACGUGGAACUGUGCAGUUGGAACUGGAUUAAUUCUUCAAAUAAAACGCACAAUUAAUAGUAUUGUCUUAGUACAUUUGUAUACAAGAAAAGAGCGUAAGUAUUGUUUAAGAAUUCAGUUUAGAUCUUUGAAUUUCUUCAUUAUAAACAAUGGAAUUAUAUAUCCAUAUAUGGAACAAAUUUCAACAUCAUCUUUGUAUUUGUUUUAAUUGUGAAACGAAACAAUUUUAAGAUUCUAAAUGUGGAAAAAAAAACAAAUGAAUUUCUCAUCGACAAUCAACAUCUUUCAUUUAUUAUCAUU